GAUCCCAACCGCCGUAAAACCGACGAAGAAGAAGAAGGAUCAGUUCCCGGAAAUACAUUCAAGCACAUGUCCUAAAACAACCUUGAGAAGACUACAAAACAGCAAGUUGUCAGCGUACGCGACACAGCAAACCGAAGCAGGGAUGCCAGUAACGAGAUUACUGUAUCCCCUCUACCAGCUGGGGAACCCACAGCUGAGAAUCUUCAGGCCCAACUGGUUCUUGACGCUGGUGAGGCCCGGAAAAGAGCAACCUCCUGACACGGUGCAGUUCCGCAUCCCGAUGGAGAUGACAAAGAAUGAUGUAAAAAACUACCUGGAGAAGAUCUAUAAUGUCCCAGUGGGAGCGGUCCGCACCAGGAUACAAUUUGGUUCCAACAAGAAGAGGAAUCACCUUAACCAGAGAGUUAAGCAGCCUGACUAUAAAGUAGCGUAUGUUCAACUGGAAGUGGUCUGGAAUUCCCUGCAAAGUGUGAGGUGCAGCCUCUGUCUCACCAUGCCCCCCCCCAUUCGGUGUGUAUUAUUUACGCAAUACAGAGACACAGAGGAUCCAAGUGCGCUCACACUGUGCGUACGUAACUGCCAACUACCAACACUAUCUACUGAAGUUAACGUUCUGAUGUUUUUGUGUGGCUAUAAAAUACACCAAAAGCCACGAUUUUAACCUUUUUCGUCUCAUGUGGGCCUAACUGCUUCAGAGAUUUCGUGCUCUGAGCAGUUUAGUGUGCCAUCACCAAAUUAUGCAACGAUGGUCUCAAACACGCGGCCCGCGGGCCAAAUGUGGUCCGCAGGACACUAGUUUGAGGCCCCCGCCUUGAUAUGAAAGUCUAUUGUUAGUGCGCCCCACGCAAGUUUGAUAUGGAUGCUGUAUGGUAUCAUGUACCCAGAAAAAAUUAUUACGUUUGAUUCAUGUUCAUGUUAAAGGUUAAAUAACUGUUAAUAGUUAUCCUCCCUAUCCGUGUGGAAGUGGUAAGUUUUUGGCUAUUUAAGUUUAAAGGAAAUAACUUGAAGGCUACCGUUUAGGUCGCUAGCUCUCUAGUUUGCGAGUUAGCAUGUGUCUCAAGACCCUGCAGUUGCGCAAUAUGUUGUAAAUAAAAAGAGUAUAAAUGUGACUAUAGUCGUGUUUUGUCAUGUCUACAGGGCUCUAAUAAUGCUUUGUUCAUUUUAAUAUGAAAAAAAAAUAAUUUGUCUACCCACCAACUAUAUAUGGUUUCUUAAGUUUUUAUUAUUUGCCGUUUUAUUAUUAUUAUUAUAUUUAUUUAUUACUGAUUGAUUGAUUUUCUUUAUUCUUGAUUUGUUUAUUUAUUUUUCAUCUUAUUUUGUGCAGAAAAAUAAAAAUGAAGAUAUUUGAGAACAGUGGAAUGUUUUAUCAGAGCUUUUAUUGUAGAAAAUCGGAACCAAAGCACUGAAAAAGUUUGUAUAUUUUUCUGUUUUUUGGAAAACCUGAUGUGGCCCAGCCUUGCCCAGACCCUAGCUCCAGUGGCCCCCAGGUAAAUUGAGUUUGAGACCCCUAGAUUUUGUUUUAACUUGCCCCGGGCCAUCGGUACAUUGUUAUUGUCAAGUUUACGUGCCAUCACUUCAUUACACAACAUGCUGACUUUGUGACUUACUCUAUAUUGAGUUGUCAUUGAUAACUGGCGGGCGCGACGACGCCAUUAAUCAAAUAACAUGUACGCUGUGCCAGCAUAUGUCUGUCCGUGUGUGGACAAGCAAGCGGGGGCUUUGACUUUGUGGGUUAUUUUGAGUCAUUCUGUUUAUUUCUGUCAAUGGCAAGCGGUUGUUUGGGUUCAUUAUAUGACAUCUCGACUUGACAUGCACACUGUUGUGAUGGGCCCUGGCCCACCUUUUUUUUUAAAUUGUUGGAUAUAAACCCAAUAUCUGGACUAUUUCAUUGGCUGUACACGCUUUGGCUUUGCACACACCUCUACACACUCGCACAACAACCCAAGAGAACCCUCUCUUUUGCAGCAGUAGGUACAAAACAAGAUUGUUCCUAAUUGACUCCACAUGUGGGAGAGUGUUCUGUAGGUCGAUGCUCACACCAAGGCCCCCAAUCCUACCCUUGUCCUUCCCUCUCCCCCCUGCCUCCCAGCCCUCCUUUCCCCGUGCUCCUUCCAUCAGCUAAUAUUGCAGCUGUAAUGCAUUUGUUCUUUCUCAUUCCUUACUCUCGGUUUGUGGUUAAGGGGGAGGCCUCCUGUUAGCGGGGUUCCGUGACGGCCAUUUUCCUCAAGCUUAGAUGGGGAUGGGGGGGACCCG